AUGGCUUAUGCUCUCUUCAACUUCAUCUUUAUCUUCUUGAUAAUAUUUCUCCUCCCACUCUGCACUUUUUCUCAAAACAGUGGUAACAUAAGUGUGGGCACCUCUCUCGUUGCAACAGAGAGGUCCGCUCCAUGGCUUUCACCUUCUGGAGAUUUCGCAUUUGGGUUUCAGAAACUUCAAAACAGUGAUAUGUUUCAACUUGCUAUAUGGGUGGAGAUUGAUGCACAAAGUGGGCUGGUGCUUCGUGAUCCUCAAGGCCGCCUUCUAUGGAGUACUGGGAAUAUUGUUGGUGAUGUUUCCCAUGGUUUUAUGAACGAUACAGGAAAUUUUGUUUUAGUGCGCAGUGAUUCUGUUUCGAUAUGGGAAAGUUUCAAAGAUCCAAGUGAUACAGUGCUGCCAACGCAAAUAAUUGCGAUUAAUGGUACGCUUGUUUCGCGAAAGUCUGAAACGAAUUUCACUCGAGGCAGAUUUUAUCUUCGCAUGCUUAGCGGUGGGAAUUUAGUGCUUAAUACUCGAAGUGUGCCGAUGAAUUCGGAUUUUGAUGAUGAGUAUUACAACAGUCAAACUUCUGAUCCUGCAAAUGCAUCGAAUUCUGGUUAUCAAUUGGUCUUCAGUGAAAGGGGAAGGCUUUAUGUAUUGAGGAGAAAUGGAGAACAAAAUGCCCUAACGACGAAGCGCUCAAUUCCGACGACUUCGGAUCAUUAUUUUAGGGCAACUCUAGAUUUUGAUGGAGUUUUCAGACAAUAUUAUUAUCCAAAGAGUUUCAGUGGAGAUCCAGGGUGGACUGUUGCUGAAUAUUGGCCACUAAACAUAUGUACAAACAUCGAUGGAGAUAAAGGCAGUGGGGCUUGUGGGUAUAACAGUGUCUGCAGACUUGACAAUGGAACGCCAAUUUGCGAAUGUCCUCGAGGUUAUAUUCUCUCGGACCCAAGCAACUCGUUUAGUGAUUGCAAUCCCCCGUUUAUUCCAAGCUGUGGUGAAGAUGAUCAGAGGGGUUCUGCAGAAGAUGUAAGUAUAGUACACGUGUUACUGAAGCUGACAUACUGGGGUAUUUUUGUUUUCUCUUCAAGGGUGGUCGAUGCCCAUCUUGGAAAGCCAUCACCAUCUCCGAACGCCGUUUCCUGUGUGAAAGGCAUCGCGUCUGGAGUUAUUCGAAGAAAUUACCGCCAUCUCCUGAGCCCAACAGCGUGUUCUCGUUAUCGGUUUCCAACAAUUUUACAACAUAGCCUUCUUCGUGAAUCGUUGUUCAGCUCUGCCCAGCUAAAUUGGUGCAUUCUUAAUCUGUGCCACCUGAAGAAGUAG